AUGAUGAAUGCUGCUAUUGCGUUUGCGCUUGGUGCCUGCUUGGUGGCUGUAGCUAUCGCUGACAUUCGAGUGAUGAUUGGGUCCACAUACUCGGGCCCUAAAGGAUUGAACGACUUAGCAACAUCGAUGGGGGAAAAAUACAUGGGCACGACCACCGACAUCAAGCAAUUGAGCGACAAGUUUUACGCUACGGAGCUUAACAAUACCCAUAACUUUGGAAUGAUUAGUCCAGCAAAUUCCAUGAUGUGGGAUGCUACGGAGGCCAUACAAGGCGUCUUUACGUUCGAGGAUGCCGAUGCAAUCGUCGCUUUUGCCAGAAAAUCGGGGGCCCAAGUUCGCUGCCAGACUCUGGUUUCGCACAAGCAAGUACCGAAUUGGGUACAAAGGCUGGAGAAAGCAGAGCUCCUCAAAGCAAUGUCCAAUCACAUUACCAACGUUAUGACGCACUUUGGAGACGUGUGCUCCGCUUGGGAUGUCGUCAGCGACGUAAUCGAAGAUGAUGGAUCGUACCGCCAGUCCUUUUGGUUUAAGAAGACGGGCAAGGACUACAUUUCCACCGCGUUCGAGACCGCCAAUGCCGUGAAAGUAAAGCUUAAACUGAAGACCCGACUGUACUACAACGACUUUGGAAUCAGUAUUGUCAACAAAAAAGACAGCGAUUCGGUAGCGGGCGCCCACAUAUUCAACAAUUUCCGUCGUUUUACCAUUAAAAACAUGGACGUCGCGAUCACAAAGCUUGACGUAACGACGAGCACGGCCAACCCCACUGUGAUCGAACAGCAGAAGCAGGUUGGCAUUUACACCAAUGUGAUCUCGGCCUGCAAGAAGACCAAGCGAUGCGUCGGCGUGACCAUGUCGGAUUUUGUGGAUACGUACUCGUCGACCAAGCUGUCCGCCCCGCUGCUAUUUUACCAGCCUGGUGGAGCCAACACGCACCUCGUACGGAAGGCAUCGUAUGACGCCAUCACAUCUGGCUGGAUUUUAUAA